AUGUCGCAACUGAACCAGUGCUAUGAAAAAGAUAUCAAAAUGGACGAAUUUGAGCUCUACUUUGAGAUACCUCUAAUAACCCUCUACGUUAUUACAUCUAUUUUGAUAACCAUCUUCAAUUUUCUCGUCUCUUUAACGAUUAUCAAGACGCCAUCUCUUCGACGCUCUCCUUCAAGGAUUUUGCUCGCAAGUUUGACUGUCAAUGAUGUCUUAAUUGGUGCAAUUGCUCAUCCAUUGUACAUUGUUUAUUGUAUCGCCGCUUUAAAAAAAUCAACGUCUGUCUUCUGUAUAAUAUAUCUGGUAAACAUUCGUAUCACUUAUUCUCUGGAAACGAUAUCUUUGUUUAUUCUAACAGUCAUAAGUAUCGAUCGCUACCUUGCUGUAGCCACCAAGACAGCAUAUAAGACAAUGGUAACCGCAAAACGAGUCAAAAUGGUAGUCCUCUCGUUAUGGUUAGGAAUAGUUUUGGUCAUUUUUACAGUACUUCAGUUUGGAAGUUUCGACAUCUUGUUACAUAUUGGUGUAGUAACAGCAGUUACCAUCCUAACUACGAUUACGUUCUGCUACUUGGGAUCGUAUGUGAUUUUAAAGAAGCUUUCUAAAGUCUCGAAUGGCUGUACCGAAAACCAAAGGACUUCGGAUUUCAAUAUUAUUAAGUAUAGACGCUCUUUGAAUAACAUGUUGAUAGUUUUGGUGAUGACUCUUGUUUCUUACGUUCCAGUCGUUGUUGUUGCUGCGGUUAACGUGAUAGUUGACUUGGAGAACAAGGUUUUCGCGGUUCAUGUCGCGCAGAGUUUAACGGGAUUUCAUUCGGUGAUUAAUCCACUGUUCUAUGUGUGGAGAAUGAAUGAUAUCCGAUCUGGUCUUAAAAACUUGAUCAAGAAAUUGAUAGAUCUCUUCGGCUUGGGGUAA